UAUUCGGGUUCACAGCUCUCGCAGCCUCGGCGAGAAACGACUUCAGGUAUCGGAAGCCAGUAUCAUCCAGGGCUAUUUCCCAACCCCACUUUAUCAAUAUCUCUUUGCAUCCCUCAAUUUGAUGACCACCCACCCUCUUAGCAUCUGUUACCAGAAUUUAAGUUCCUAUGAGUUCAACCUCUACAAGUAAGAUAGGAGGCCGUUUACGGCUUUCCCUCUCGCGUCUUCCGUCCGAAAAAGAAGUCUACUUCCGGGAGUCUUCAUUCAUUGUUCAGUAUGGAAUCGAGAAACUCCCGUCCCCGGCGAAGAUCCGAUCACUGCAGAAGGUAUCCGGCUCGGGAGAUCCUCCUCCAAUACGAUUUCCAGAAAUAGGACUCCUUGUGAAAUAUGGCCACGGUAUUAGCAUUGCGGAAGGCCAGUGUCUAUGGGCGAUACAACAGUUCCUUCGAAACAAUGUUCCGGUCCCCGAGAUAUAUGGGUGGAGAGAGGAUGGGGAUGAGACAUUUAUUUAUAUGGAAUUGAUUGAUGGUGACACGCUGCAAGAGCGAUGGACUUCACUGUCAAGUGUUGACCGAGUGCGGUUAUGUGAAGAACUUCGCGAGAUAAUCAUGUCUUUACGUCGACUUGAGCAGUCGCCGGGUGAAAAGUUUAUUGGUAUGUAUCGCCAGGUGGUCAUAUUAUCUUCCAAAUCAGUCGUUGAAACUUUCUCCAGGACGGGUGGGUGGCCAGCCACUCUCUGACGUGACCUUUUCCGGCGUUGAGGCCGGUCCUUUC